CCUCUUGUUUAUGACUGUCAUUUGUUUUUAUUCCAAAUUUUUGAGUGGCCCCCUCUCUUUCUUUUUCUUUGAUCUUCCUCAACAUUCAAACAGGACCAUCCUUGUACAAUAAUACAAUUUUAUAAGUACAUACACAAUAUUUAUACCAUAUUUUUCAAUUCUUUCUCUCUCUCUCUUUAUCUCAACAAAAAAAAUAUAUAUUUAUAUAUACACAAAAGAACACAUUCCAAACCAGCUUUCUUAUUGCAUCUCCCUCCUACAAAACAGCCUGUCAAACCUGAAUUAUUAACAGCAGGGAUUAUAAUUUUAUAGUCAGAACAGAAGGUGUUUGCUUUAUUGUUUCUUCCUCAAACUAAAGCAAAGAAGACUACUGGGUUUUGUCCUUUCAAAGGAAAGCAUUAUAAUUCAUAAGGGAAUUGGGGAAUUGAAUUUGUUUUGAUGAUCAACAAAGCAUUGGUAUGAAGAAGGCAGAAGAAGAUGUUCAAUGAGUCUCAUAAGAAAUUACUAUCAACAAAAUCCUGGCUGUUCUUUCUAUAUCAGGUAUGGGAACAAGACUUGAACCCACUUUCAAUCCUCUAGCUACCUCUGCUCAUAGCAGCAGCAACACAUUAUUCACAAUUCAAAGACUGAAUGCUUGGCAACAACAUUUUCAAGACUCAACAACAAGACUUCCCCCUAAAUUGAUCUAUUCAUCUUCUUCCAUGACUGGUUCACUUGACAAGUUUCAAGAAGCAAUUAACAAGAUGCUGCAAAAGGGAGAUGUCGACGCCAUUCGUAAGACAAUGCAGGACCAUGAAAAUGCCUUCAAGAACCAAGUAAAAGAACUCCAUAGGCUGUACAGUGUACAGAAGAUGUUAAUGGAAGAGCUGAGGAAAGAAAGCAGGCAAAAUGCAUUAUGGUGUCCAAUGGCAAUUAAUUCAGGAAUUAACCAUUUGCAGUUCAAAAACCAAGAAAAUCAAACAGCACAGACCAUUGGAGGGGGGCUGAUUUUCAAUCUUCAAAGCUUGAGAUCAGAUGAUCCAAGCAGUAGGGAGAGAAGUGGGAGCUGUUCUGGAGACAAUAUUAGAAUAAUGUCAAGAGGGUUUGAUCUUGAAAGGCCUGCUGCAGAGGAGGACAUGUCGACUGGAGUUAGCACGGUCGACGAGGACCAAGCCGGGCCGAGUACUACGAUUGUCGGGAAAAUAGAUAGUAGCAAGAUGAGUGUAGAUGGGUGUGAAGAUGAAGAGAGUGAUGUUGAGCUUACUUUAAGUAUUGGUGGUAGUUUAAGCAAGAAGAGAUCAAAAUCUUUUCCUCCACUUACUCAAAAGAAAAGAGAGAUUGAUUCAUCUUUGUCAUUCAAAUCAGAAAGAGGAGAUCAAGAAUGCAGUGAUCCAACAACUCCCAUGAGCAGCUCAAGUUCAACAUAUGAUCAAGAAACAAAAAGGCCACAUUGGCUUUUCCAAAGUUUAAAGCUCAAGUAGAAGCUGAUGACAACAAGUUUUGUGCAUCAGAUCACUUUCCAGACACAGGUUCAUAUUAUUGUUAACACAUUUUCUCCAAUUGAGAUUCUAAUAUUAGUUUGCACCUUCACUCUAAUAAAAUUGAUGUUUGAGAUAGAUAAUGCCCAUUUUGAAGAGCAUAAAAUUGUUGUUUAUGUACACUUCUCCAUUUCUUUCU